AUGCAGACUAAACUCAUCGCCAUCAUCGCCGCCCUUGCGGCCACGAGCGCAGCUCAAACACUUCAGCCAGGCGACAUCCCUACCGGCUGCGGGACGAUCUGCCAGUCCACCGUCCAGCUUACCCAGCAAUGCCAGAGCCAAAGCGGCGGCGACACCAGCGGAGGCGGGUACCAAAGCUGUGUCUGCAAUGCCCAAGAUUCCAAGACGCACAUCACCGAGUGUGGCGGGUGUCUCGAGGCCCGUGGUGUCGUGGGUAGCAACGGCAACGGAGGGAACAGUACUCAAACCAUCGAGAGUCUCCUCAAGGCCUGUGGCUGGCAGGCGAUCAGCAACAGAACGAGUUCGUCCAGCGCGAGUGCCAGUGGUGCCGGUGGUGCUGCGACGCAGACCGACUCCAACGGAAACCCUACCUCGACUGCCAUACCUGGUGUUGCCGCAGCUGCCACUUUCGGCCCUGGAGUGUUGAUUGCUGGAGCUCUUCUGCCCUUCCUGUGA